AUGCAAGUCAGAAAUAUUCAGAACAUAGCACCGAGUCUAACUGACAAGAGUAUAAAGAUAUACUAUGAACAUGUUAUGAUGAAACCAACCAAAAUUCAAGAAAGUCAGUAUACUUAUGAAUAUCCAAGACACUGGGUAGAGUAUGUAGGAGGUGAGAAAGCUAUUGAAAUCAGACAGGUUCGAAGUAUUCCAGCAGGAAGAACAAUAUUAUUGAAGAACUUUAAUGUUUUGAGGUAUAAUGAUGAAACAAAGAAGCAAGAUAGUUUCCCUGUUGCUGUGUAUGUGAACUUAGACACAGGAGAUGACAUGAAAGUUUUUAAUACAAAGCUUCAAACGGUAGUGAGAGAACAACUGACUGCGGAAGGACAUCCAUUACCUUCAGAAGUUACCAUAGCAUAUAAUUUUGAAACAAACUCAAUAGAUUUUAAAGUCGUCUCUGCAAAGAAGUCAGGAUUUACAUUUAAUGAAGCAGAUGUAUAUUCGAAUGAAAACUUCAAAGCUAUUGCAUGGUUAGAUAAUGACGAUUGCUUUAAGAAAAUCUUUAAAUUCAGUGACUCAAAGAUGUCAAUAGAUGACCUUCGUGGAAU